AGAAACACUGGUCUACUGCCUGUUGUUUUAUACCAGGGCACCUCAUGUCUAAUCUCUAUUGCUUAAUUACUUUGCACCUUCCGUCUAUGCAUUCAAUUACUUUACUACCUUAAAUUUCUUGUCUGUUCUGUCUAAUGUUUUAUUUUCAUAUACCUCCUGUCUAUUCUUUUAUUUCCUUACACCUCCUAUCUACUUAUUUUUUUCAGACAUCUGUCUAUUUCCUUAUUCCCGUGCACCUCAUGUUUAUUCUAUCUAUCCAUUUUAUUUCGUUUCACUCACUUUCUUCCUCUAUACAUUCUGUCCAUUGCUAUAUAAUCAUUACAUUUCCUGUCUAUCUCAUUUCCCGUACAUCUCUUGUCUGUUCUACCUAUUGCUUUAUUCCCAUAUCUCCCUUUGCUAUUCGUAUAUUGUUUUAUCAUCGUACACUCCCGUUUGUUGCUGUACUUUUAUGUACCUUCCAUCCAUUGCUUUAUUAUCUUCACGUUUUCCGUCUAUCUAUAUGUUAUUUCUUUAGUCCCAUGCACCUUCAGUCUUUCUGUCUAUUUCAUUCCCGUGCACUCCUGUCUAAUACUUUAGUCUCGUCAAAAUUCUCCCGAGGUAUCAUUAGCACUGCAAUGAUCCCGUAUUACAUCAAGUGAUCCGUGUUAGUGACUUCACGCUGCGCCCUGCAAGUAAUGGGCUGACAGUUGUGAGCCCGUGGAGGGGUGAGUCAUCCAGCUGUACUGACUCUCUCCCUUCCCCCCCCUCCUCGCUCCCUAAGUAGCGGCGGCAGAAGCACCGGCAAGGAGGCGAGGAGGGAAGAAAGGGGAGGUAGGGAGGGAUGUCUUCAGUCUUGGUGUUUUAAGUUAUUCAUCCCUUGUGAGGUAACGAUGCCACAUGACGACUUUUACCCAUCUCAUAAUUGUCAGCUGUCACUCGUCCUUACAGCUGUUUGCUCCUGUGUGCCGACUUGUUUGUGUGUAUGUUUAUCUCCUCAAAGACUCUGGCAUCAGUGACCCAUAGAGCGCUUGCCCUGCUUGUGUGAGCCACGGUGGUGUCAGCACAAUUCUGGGGAGUUAUCAGAUGGCGUAGCAUCUCACUUUUAUUUCAGGCGGGAGGACGGAAUAGGGCAAGAGAAGGGUGCCAGACUGGGGUCGCCUGGCCGGUGACAACACAGGUCCUCCCCACAGCUGGGAGUGAUCGCCGCCCACAUCGUGACCUUGAGUAUGCAGCUAAGGGCGCCAGUGUGAAAGCGAAAGUAAGAAUGAAGCUGGCAUCCUCAGUUUCCUGCGGGCUACACACUAGAGUGGUUGGGACGGGCGUGCCCACGACGGCCACCAAGACCCUUCCCCCUCGGCCCUCGCGCUCCCCGGGCCGAUGCUCAGUGCUCACGUCAGACACAGUGGUGGCUCGCGUCUAGAGGAGGAAGGUGCGUCCCGCUCCUCCGCCCCUCAUCACUGACUGUCUUUUGUUGCUGCUGAACUCCACAGGACACUUCUAGAAUAAAGAAAAUACGGGAACAAACCAACAACCACAACAUUCGAGGCACAAUCCCACUUUGAAAACGCUAAAAACCAUAAUAGAAAAAAAGAAAAAAAAACUCAACAAGUAGUAGCCACCAAGACAAAAGGCUAAACAAGGCUGCAUAAGUCGGCUCGCUGCUGAACAGUCCAGCGGAAGAGGAGAGGAGGGCGGUGGUGGAAGUGUUCCCAAUGAACUAACAAACAGUUGAGGUGAGCGCGUGCGUCAAAAUGGCUAAGUGCCUGAGGAUACUCCGCUUGCUGUACGCCGCCUUCAAGAAGUACUGGAUCUUUAUUGUGUGGACAGCGGCCUGCAGCUUCGCAUUCUACGCAGACUACAUGUACUACAAAAGACAGCCGCAGUACUAUUACCUCCGCCGCAUGCUUGGGGUGGGUCUGUGCAUCUCCAGAGGGUCAGCUGCUGUACUUAACUUGUCCUGCUGCUGCCUGGUGGUGCCAAUGUGCCGCUCCCUCACCACCAGCCUGGCGCGCCUCACUCACUGCUACACAGGCUGGACCUGCCUGGCCUCCCUCACCUACCCACUCACCCACACUGCCAAGACCACACACGUCAUGGUCGCCAUCACUGUUAUUCUAAGCUCAGUGGUGCACUCAGCCGCUCACAUGUCCAAUGCUUUCAAUUUCUCCCGCCACUUCAGCAGACGUUACCCAGAACUCAACGUGGCGGCCUUCAAAGAUCAGAACCCGAUUCAACUCUUUAUCACAACAGUUCCAGGUCUAACAGGGUUGGCCAUGCUACUAAUCCUGGUGGUGGUGGGGGUGAGCUCCACUCGCUGGGUCAGGCAGAGGCACUACAACUUCUUCUAUUACACUCACUACCUUGGCUUUGUUUUCUUAGUCCUCCUCCUCAUUCAUCCCCUCAGUGGUGUUCUCAAGGAGCAGAAGAAUGUUGAGAGUCACAUCCCAGGCUGUCAGAUGUCAGAUGGCCCACUAGAGGAGGAAGCAGGAUUUCCUGAACCCAGCAGUGAGGAAGCCCAGCCUCUGGUGCACAGCUCAGCCCUCCAGGGUAUUGCAAGGCAGGACGGUACACCAACUAAGCACACUGAACCAGAAGAAAAAUUCAGCUUCAUAGACUCUGAGACCAUUGACAGCCACCCCAAGCCUGAGGAGUACAGCUUCCCAGAGCCUGAGGAGUAUGGCUUCCCAGAACCCAGCUAUGAAGAAAGUUAUGGUUUUGCAGAACCUCCGCCAAGAAUGGAUUUCUCAGAGUACAGCAGUGGCUACGGAGACCUGGGGCUCAUCUUACCACAACCCAAGGUGAUGUUUGGGAACCAGAGGCCAGCAGUGUCAUCUAACUUCUUAGAGGAAGAUCAGAGAUUUGAGACACCAACAAGAAUGUGGAUGAAGAAAUUCCACAUAAAGAGAGAGAUUUGCCAUCACUUGCCAAAGUUUGGAUCUGUACAUUCAGUGACAUGGGUGUGGAUGACGGUUGCCCUGGUGGCCUGGAUGGUGGACUGGCUGGUGCGGUGGUGGCAGCGCAGGAAGGAAGCUGCUGUGGUGGAGGUGGAGUUCCAUCCAUGUAGUGUGGUUCAGCUUACCCUCAGAAAACCUGGCUUCUCCUGCUCUCCUGGCCAGUAUGUGUUGGUGCAGUGCCCACAAGUGUCCAGGUUUGAGUGGCAUCCUUUCACUGUGACAUGUCCACCAAGUCACCACUCCCCCGACACAUUCACCAUCUUCAUGCAGGCACGGGGGGACUGGAGCCACCAUCUGGCCACAGUACUGCAGCCAAACCUAAACACUUUCUCUAUGAUAGUCAGUGCAGUCAGUAGUGAUGUGAAAAGUACAAAACAUGAUCAAAAAAAUGUUUCCAGUUCACUUAGACAUUCUAGUCAUUCACUGUGCAGCCGCCUAAGCUUGCCAUCAUCGUCACCAUCAUCAGACCAUCAGCGUCAUUCACUAAUGUUUAAGCCCAUUCAUGGUUUUCCAAACAUAGACUCAUCACAAAAACCCUGGAAGGGAAUCAUGCACAAAUCAUCUUCAUGUGACAAGUCAAGGGGUUCUGACAGCACAGGUUUAAAUGAAAGAGUUCCUUGCCCUGAGUCUGUCCCACACAAAGGUUUGGGAAGCCAAAGUGUGGAUGCCCAGCUCUUCCAUGCUGCUCCCUCAUCACUUUGUAGUAACUCAGCAUUGCAGGAAGGAAAGGGGGAUGCAAUGUCUGGUAUACCAGGAUCUCAGGAACACUGUAACAAAAAUUCCAUCACCUUGCAUUCACAUCCCAAUCAUUAUAGAUUGAAAUUAGAAGUAGACCCUCACAAUCCAUGUAAUGUAAACACCAGAGAGAAUAUCAAAGAAAAGCAUGCAUUAAAAGCACACAGCAGCUCGGAGUCAAAGAAUGACAUGUACAUCAGCUCAGUCAUGAACUGUAAUCAUUAUGUUGGUAGAAGAAGUGUUCAAGAUGGAAGGACGGAUCCAGCCAGUGACAGGAAGACCAUCGUUCAUAUUCCUGAAACUCCAGAUGUGAGACUGUAUGUGGAUGGCCCAUUCACCUCCCCAAGUGAGGGAAUGCUGCACUACCCAGUGGUGAUCGGUGCUGCUGGAGGCAUGGGCAUCACUCCACUGGCAGCCACACUCACUCACAUACUGUGCUGCCAUCCAUUGUGGCCAAGGAGAGUCCACGUGGUGUGGGCUGUGCGGGACGCCAGACUCCUGCACACCUUUGCUCCGCUGUUGUCAGGUCUGCUGCGGCUGUGCUGGGAGACACAGGCAGAGGACCGGGCUGAGCUGAGCCUUCAUCUCACUACUCCUACUUCUCCACAGCUCCUUCAGGACCUGUUUGCAUCAGACCAUCCUGCACUCCUUCCUCGCAUCAGGCAAGGAAGGCCUCAGUGGAAGCACCUCUUCCAGGAGUGGCAGUCCUUAUAUGCAGGGAAGGUGGUGGGAGUGUUUGCUUGUGGGCCACGAAAGCUCCGCCAUCAGGUGAAGAAGCGGUGUCUGGCAGCUGUGUCUCGGGGAGCUGCCUUCCAUUACCACCAGGAGUCCUUCUCAUGAUGACACAAGCAAGAUAACACCUUUCUUCUUAAGACUUCUAAGAAACAGCCGAUAUAGCAUCACAGUCUCUGAAGACGCGUGGCGGCGCUGUAACACAAGACAGUGUUAGUUUAACCAAAUAAUCCCAGUGAGAACAUGUAAUGCAAAAAGAACCUACUAUGUAUCAUGCUACACUACAAAGAACAAUUUACUUCUGCUUUGUUCUUGGUUCAUAAAAAGUAAUAGCCUUUGUGGGAAGGGUUUAGUCAUAUAAUUAACCCUGCCUUAAGGCAAGCUUGGAUAUUAACCAAACACCCAGGCUGGUUACAGCAGUGAAUACCUGUCCCCACAUCCUUACUGCACCAACACACAUCAUUAUUCACUGAAAUGUUACCAAAGUUGGUGAAAGCUCCCUUCUCUACAAAUAAAACAAUAAUUCUUCCUAUUAUACAUAAAUCCUUCACUCCUUCUUUCAUUCUUUUCAGGUUCUGCUCUCUUUCUACAUAACCACUACACCUGAGCAACCUAUAAGUUGCUAUUUCCAACACUUGUGUCCUAACCAUAACAUGGACAUUGAAUUUUCAUUCCAUUUACUUCUGUCUAUUUUCUCUACUUCAUAUCUCACUUCUCGAGUGGUGGCCACACUGGAGCAGCUUUCUCCUUUGACUGUUCAAGUCCUCUCCUCUCCUAGCACCUAUUUAACAGAUGCAUCCCUGUUUUCUAAAUGACCAUCUCCUAACAGGACACUUUAUUUCACUUUUUCCUUAUCAAUGUGGCCAUACUACAUCUUUCAUUUAUUCCAUCACACUUCGCCCCUUCAUUGUCACAAAUUUCCAUGCUGCAACAUUCAAACACUUCCCUGUUCUCACAUUCCCCAUCUUGUUUAUUUGCGGUCCCUCUCAGAAAACUUGUUUCCACAGGACACACUCUAGAUUGGUGUACCCCAUUCCAGCCUCUGAUUUGUAUGUUAACAUUAGCUGGGGAGUGAUACUUCUGAUGUUUUUUCCUCCAUGUACAUUCUCCUAUAUUAUGUUCUUUCAUUUCUUUGUUACUUUUUUUCUCUUUGGAUUUGUUUACUUUAUUCCCUUCUUUUCUUGACCCACACAGGUACAGAAACAAGCUUGUUGUGUAAAAGAAUAAUAAAGAAGUAUAAAAACA